GUUGCUUGACAUUGUGUGUGAAUAGUACGAUGAAAAUGCACGGUUAACUCCUUAUGCAUCUGUAUGCCACUAGAAUCACCGUUCAAACAUGGGUAAUGUAUGGUUUCAGCGAUUUAUUUUCGCCAUCUCUUAUUGCGGGUAUUGCGUUCAAAACAGGAUGAAUGGACUGCCCUUGAGAAGUCUAUAUCUACUAGGUAGCUUAAGACAACUGCAUAGAUUUGGAUUCCGUUAGAAUUUCAACCUUGGAGACUCCUGAUUCCGAAGCAGGGAGGUUCUUUACUGCUGCAAUUCGUGAUCUGCUGCAGCAAAGGCUGCGGGCGCAAUGAAUUUCAAAGUGAUUAUGGGAGCAGUGCUUCUGCUCUGUUUGUGGAUUUCCGUCGGGGCUCAAUCUUCCUCAAAGCACAGUUUUGUCAUUGAAAAUAAUCUUUUCUUAAAAGAUGGGGUCCCGUUUCGAAUCAUUGGGGGUGACCUGCACUACUUCCGUGUACAUCCACUGCUCUGGGAAGACAGACUACUCAGAGCGAAAGCACUUGGCUUGAAUGCAAUUCAAACCUAUGUCCCUUGGAACCUUCAUGAACCACGCCCUGGCCUUCUCAACUUCAAUGGCUCUGCAGAUCUAUUGUCGUUCUUGAAGCUGGCUCAAGAACUAGAUUUUCUGGUGAUUCUCCGCAUUGGGCCUUACAUCUGUGCAGAGUGGGACCUCGGUGGUCUUCCCGCCUGGCUCCUUGAAUUGAAACCUUCGGUGAGAUUGCGGUCAUCUGAUGCAUCUUAUCUUUCUCAGGUUGACAAUUGGUGGAAGGAACUGCUUCCUAAGAUAGCCCCCGAGUUAUUCUCAGCAGGCGGUUCGGUUAUCAUGGUUCAGAUUGAAAACGAAUAUGGAUCUUUUGGGAUCGACAAAUUGUACCUACAGUUCCUCCAAAAGCAAGUUAGGUCACAUCUGGGAAAUGAUAUAAUCAUAUACACGACUGACGGUGCGGUCGAGGAGAACCUAAGCUAUGGCUCCCUAUCAGACGACGGUGUGUUUGCAGCAAUAGACUUCCCAACAGGCUGGGAUCCAGCUGCGGCUUUUGCUCUGCAGAAGCGUUUCAACUCCCCAGGAAUGUCACCACCAUUUUCUGCGGAGUUCUACACAGGCUGGCUGACUCAUUGGGGAGAGAGACUGGCUCAAACGGAUGCAAAAAGUACUGCAGUUGCUCUUGAUGAUAUUUUACGACUCAAUGCUUCUGUUGUACUUUAUAUGGUUCAUGGAGGAACAAAUUUUGGGUUUUGGAGUGGAGCCAACACAGGGGCUGGACCCUCCGACUUUCAACCAGAUAUUACUUCGUACGAUUAUGAUGCCCCAAUUGGAGAGGCUGGAGAUGUAACUGGUAAUAAGUAUCAAGAAAUAAGGAAAGUGCUAAGUAAGUACGUAGGUCGAGAACUGCCCGAUCCCCCUCCGCUUCCUCAGCGAACUGCAUAUGGGGAAGUAACAAUGACAAAAAUGGGGUCUCUUUUUGAUGUUUUGGAUGUCAUUGGUAAUCCUCCUGGCGGUGUCAAGUUGGAAUGGCCCGUCCCAAUGGAACAUCUCAGACAAGCCUCGGGGUUUAUUUUAUAUCGGGCGUGUCUUCCUUCCAGUGUACGACCAGGAAGCAAAAUUUCUGUAGUGGAGGUAUAUGACAGAGCACAGGUAUUUGUUGUAAGCGCUUCCAAGAAUAGGAUGUUUCUGGGCACACUAGAACGCUGGUCCAGCAACUCAAUAAUGUUGCCUACUGCAGCCGCUGUAGCUGAUUUUCGGCUUGAUAUCCUGGUUGAGAAUAUGGGGCGUGUUAACUAUGGACGGUAUAUGGGUGAAAACAAGGGUAUUUCAGAGGCUGUAUUCCUUGAUGAUGAUCCCAUUCUUGGUUGGACUAUACAUACGAUUGGAUUAGAAAGUGUUUCAGAGCUUGGGCCCGCUUCCUUCACAACAACUGGCAUUGCUAACAGUAAUUUGGAGAUAACCAAAAUCAAGCCAACCAUCGAACUCCUCUCGGAUUCGGAUCCUUUAAGCGGUCCUUUUUUCUACGAAGGUACCCUUAAUGUAACACAGCCUAGUGAUACAUUCAUGAGCUUUAAUGGCUGGAACAAGGGAGUGGCCUUUGUCAAUGGAUUCAAUCUCGGAAGAUUUUGGCCUAGUGCGGGCCCACAGUGUACAUUGUACGUCCCCAGUCCUCUUCUUCGACGUGGAGAAAAUAAAUUGAUCAUUUUGGAACUUGAGGAUUCCCGACCAGUACAGACUGUGGAGUUCAAGGACAGAGUCGACUUUACUUGUGGGAGUUACUAGUCCGAUAUCUUGUAUUAAAAAUCAUGGUUUUCCAACAAGAUUACACUAGCUUAUAUCUGUAAUUUCAAUUUGUAUGUGAAGAUAAAAUCUUCCUUGAAGCAACCCUCUUUACGUAAAAUUGGAUAUAUUAUCAACAGACCACAAAUUGAAGAAUAUUCUUUAAGUUUUGCUGCUUCUCUUUCA